UCGAAAUGGCCGCCAUCUUGAAAAUAACCAUGCGCAGAUUUACUGUGCAUUUGUUAUCAAGGCUACUGCUGAGCCAGUGCAGGCUCAGGAUCAGGAGAAAAAGAGACCAAAACAUGGCGGAUUGGGAUGAGAUAAAAAGAUUAGCGGCCGAUUUUCAACGUGCUCAGCUGAGUAGCACGGCUCACAAACUUUCGGAAAGAAAUUGCAUUGAGAUAGUACAGAAAUUGAUUGGUCUUGGCCUUGUCGAGGUUAUUUAUACCACGGAUGGCAAGGAAUAUUUAACCCCACAACAGCUUGAACGGGAGAUAAAAGACGAACUGUUUGUUCAUGGAGGAAGAGUUAAUUUGGUGGAGUUACAGCAGAUUAUAGGUGUAGACCUAACCCAUAUUGAGAAUAAAGUCAGUGAAAUUGUAAAGCAUGACAAGAAUUUGAUUGUCAUCCAAGGAGAACUUAUUGACAAUAACUACUUAGACCAAGUUGCAGAGGAGAUCAAUGACACCCUGCAGGAGUCUGGUCAAGUGAUUAUUUCAGAGCUUAGCAAGACAUUCACACUGUCUACUGACUUCCUCCUUGAGAUUGUUGAGGCCCGACUAGGAACAAUCAUCCAUGGGCAGCUUGAUCAACUCGAGAGAGGUGUCCUGUUUACUGAUGCAUUUGUGGCUAGGCAAAUGGCUUGCAUAAGAGGAGUGUUUAGUGCUAUAACAAAACCCACUCCUGUGUCAUCUCUUAUGGCUCAGUACGGAUUCCAGGAAAAGCUCUUUUACACUGAUAUUGACCAGUUAUGCUCUGAGGGUCGCAUAUCAGGCAGCAUACAGGGGCGACAGGACAAGGCUGUCUUUGUUCCAGAUAUUUAUUCCAAGACACAGACAUCUUGGAUUGAUGACUUCUUCAACCAAAAUGGCUACAUUGAGUAUGAUGCACUUUCACGGCUUGGUAUUACUGACGGAAGACAAUUUUUGAAGAGGAGGUUUCAAAAGUUACCAGUGAAGUUUCUUCCCACCUGUUGUGUGGGUGAGUCUUUACAAGACCAGGUCGAAGCUGCUAUCGAUGAAGCUCUUUCCGGUGGUGAAUGGGUCGACAUACUGCCUCUCCUUCCAUCGCCAUUUACUCCAGAUGAUGCCGCCCAAUUGUUACAGGGUUGUCUGAAGGCUUCUGGUCGCUCCUCAGCUCAUGUGUUUUGUGAGAGUAUUGUGGUCAGUGAACAGUUCCUACAAAACUGUAAAGAUCCCUUCCAACAACUGAUGCAAGACAAGGCUAAGGCAGUAAGUUAUCAGUGACCAUUCUUGACUGGCUUUAAAUGUGACCAAUAAUUAACCUAUCUGGUAAAUGCCAGGGUGGAUCUAGUGGGUUCAAGGGGUUCAAUCCAGCCCCCUAAAUUAAGAAAAUGAGACAUUAUAACACACUGACUUGGCCUCAGAAUGCCGGAAAUCCCAUUUCUAAGGACCUCAAUUUAAAAGUUUUAUCCCUUUAAGGGAUCCCCUUUGGCACUCUGUAUCUCGAGCCCCCUUCUCUAAAAUCCUGUAUCCACCCCAGAAAUAUAUGCUUUAAGUUCACAGUUUUGAUCAUCAAUGCUCCUUUUUUGUCUUCCUUGCAAUCUUGCACUGCUACUCCACUGAUUCAAAUCCAAUUGUAUUAUGUUGUUCCAGAUUUAUACCUACACUCCCACAGAGGGUUUAUUGGUUUGAA